AUGGGGAGCGUGCUAUUUGCGGCUGUAUUCAUAGCGUUACAUUUUGCCACCGGCGGCCUGGCCAACCCAGAUGCAAAACGUCUCUACGACGAUCUGCUGAGCAACUAUAAUCGUCUUAUACGACCCGUGGGCAACAACUCCGAUCGUCUAACGGUCAAAAUGGGUCUACGUUUAUCGCAGUUAAUCGAUGUGAAUCUUAAAAAUCAAAUUAUGACAACAAAUGUGUGGGUAGAGCAGGAAUGGAAUGACUACAAAUUGAAAUGGAAUCCCGAUGAUUAUGGCGGCGUGGACACGCUGCAUGUGCCCUCUGAGCAUAUAUGGCUGCCGGAUAUUGUGCUAUAUAACAACGCUGAUGGCAACUAUGAAGUGACAAUAAUGACUAAAGCAAUUCUGCAUCAUACGGGCAAAGUGGUCUGGAAACCUCCUGCCAUUUAUAAAUCCUUUUGCGAAAUUGAUGUGGAAUAUUUUCCAUUCGAUGAGCAAACAUGCUUCAUGAAAUUCGGUUCGUGGACAUACGAUGGAUAUAUGGUUGACUUGCGGCAUUUGAAGCAGACCGCCGACUCGGACAACAUUGAGGUGGGCAUCGAUUUGCAGGACUACUAUAUCUCCGUCGAAUGGGAUAUCAUGCGCGUACCUGCUGUGCGAAACGAGAAAUUCUACAGCUGUUGCGAGGAGCCGUAUCUCGAUAUUGUCUUCAAUCUGACGCUGCGACGAAAGACACUCUUCUACACCGUCAAUCUGAUCAUACCCUGCGUGGGAAUUUCGUUUCUGUCCGUGCUCGUUUUCUAUUUGCCCAGCGAUUCGGGCGAAAAGAUCUCUCUCUGUAUUAGCAUUUUGCUCUCGUUGACUGUGUUUUUUCUGCUUCUCGCCGAAAUUAUACCGCCCACAUCGCUGACGGUGCCGCUAUUGGGCAAGUAUCUGCUUUUUACCAUGAUGCUUGUAACGCUGUCGGUUGUGGUCACCAUUGCUGUGCUCAACGUCAACUUUCGAUCACCUGUCACGCAUCGCAUGGCACCGUGGGUACAACGCAUCUUCAUUCAAAUCCUGCCGAAGCUGCUCUGCAUAGAGCGGCCCAAAAAGGAGGAGCCCGAAGACGACCAGCCGCCUGAAGUGCUCACCGACGUGUUCCAUUUGCCACCAGAUGUGGACAAGUUUGUCAACUAUGACACAAAGCGCUUCAGUGGUGACUAUGGCAUACCAGCACUUCCUGCCUCGCAUCGCUUUGAUUUGGCCGCAGCUGGCGGAAUAGCCGCUCAUUGCUUUAGUGAACCACCGCUUCCCUCCUCACUGCCACUACCGGGCGCCGACGAUGAUCUCUUCAGUCCAUCGGGUCUCAAUGGUGACCUAAGUCCGGGCUGUUGUCCUGCAGCUGCCGCAGCAGCCGCCGCUGCUGCCGAUCUCAGUCCCACAUUUGAGAAGCCAUAUGCGCGGGAAAUGGAGAAAACCAUUGAAGGCUCACGUUUCAUAGCACAGCAUGUGAAGAACAAGGACAAGUUUGAGAGCGUCGAGGAGGAUUGGAAGUACGUAGCAAUGGUGUUGGAUCGUUUGUUUCUUUGGAUUUUCGCAAUCGCUUGCGUGGUCGGCACAGCGCUUAUUAUUUUGCAAGCGCCCAGUUUGUACGAUCAGUCGCAGCCGAUUGAUAUACUAUAUUCGAAAAUUGCCAAAAAGAAAUUCGAACUGCUUAAGAUGGGCAGCGAGAACUCCUUAUAGCGACCACUUGGGUUCGCAGCUGGCUGGUGGAACUUAAUCAUCAGCUCGCUGCGAACCCUGUUCGCCGCACGUGACGAUGAUCGUGGAUAAUAUACAGUGAGUAACACCAUGAGCAUGUCGUCGGCGUUAUACAACACCAACACUACCACAGACAUUAGCAAUGGCAGUAGUGUUGGCAACGCCUCAAACGGAAACGGAAACGUAAACGAGACGACCACGGCUAUUGCAUCAUGGAGUCCAUUGUGAGUACGUAGCGAAGCGAACAUUGCGAAAUAAACAAAUGCGAAAGUGCACGUUUUUGGAGCAGUUGAUCAAAAUAUGUAUGUAACAUAAUGAAAGACAUGAGUUGGAAG